UAAAAAUACUACGCUCUCAAAAACAAAGAUGGCGUCCUCUUUGGAAUCGUACGUUGGUCAUACUGUUGCUGUUGUUACUCAAGAUGGCCGAAUGAUCGUGGGACUUUUAAAAGGUUUCGAUCAAACUAUCAACUUGAUCUUGGACGAAAGCCACGAGAGGGUUUUCUCGUCAACAAGCGGUGUGGAACAAGUUAUCUUGGGUCUUUACAUCAUCAGAGGGGAUAACAUAGCAGUUAUUGGUGAAAUAGACGACGAUACUGAUUCAAGUUUGAACAUGGCGAAUAUCAGAGCAGAUCCAUUAAAUCCCGUUGUUUAUUGAACAUACAUGUACAUCAUUAUACAUUAGAGGUUUUUACGAUAAAAAUAACACUUGAUAUUCUUAUUGAUAGCGCUGAACCCUGAGAAACGUAGCUAUUUACAUGUGAUAUAAGUUAGCUUUGAUUACGUACAGGUAAUUUGUAAGAUCUCCUAAGAUCAUGUUUGUUGUAUUAAUUGGCGCGCCACUAAUUGCACGAGUGAAUAUCGAUUUUCCUUAUUGACUUCCUUUUGUAAAUAACCGAGAAUAACACAUUUUUUUAACUUGA